AUGUAAGAAUCAGAUAUUGAAUCUCAAUUUUUAUAUCAGUCGAUCAUUUAACAAUAGGAAGGAGUGGAGGAGAAACAAAUAUUGGUGAGCAGACUGACUGAAUCCAAUCAAAUGCAGGAUGAAUCCGUUUAAAUCAAUUUAGAUUCCGAGAUCAUCACUUAGUUGAGGGAGGAGAUUGGGCAAUUGUAGAAAUUGAAUCAGAAUCUCACUGAUCAGAUUAAGGAGAAAGAUAAUUAGAUUGCUCAAUUGAAUGAGAGAGUGUAAAGACAAUCCUUAUUGAAUGAGACUUUUCAAAUUGCUGAAGUAUAACUAAAAUAAUAAGUUGAAGAGUUGAAGAAGAAAAUUGCAGAACUCUAAGAGCAAAUCACCUCAUUCCCUCCUCUACUGUAGAGUGUAUCUAAACCCAACCUGGAUUUCAGUUGGGUCAAUCACAUGGAAAGAGAUCUCUCACAUGAUGGCUUGUUGGAACGAUACGAUCGUUACAAAUCCAACAAGCGUCUUGCUCCCAUUCAGGUUAAACCCUACUCCGAGAAAUUCAAAUACAACAACCAACACAACAGUCCAUACUUCGAACAACUGACCGAGAGAACUCAAAACAUUCAAAGGAAAAGAAUCAAUUAAAAUAAAUAAUGA